AUGGCGACAGUACUGGAGUUGGCAGCAUGGGACCUCCUUUGCGAGCGCAACAAUGAGGACCACCGGACCUCCGAUGCUGGUUCCCAGCGUCUCCUUGUGCGCCGAGGCCAGACCUUCUUUGUGACGCUGCACUUCUCCAGGAGGCCCUUUGAUGAAGCGGUAGACAAGCUCACCUUCCACGUUGAGACAGGUCCUUGCCCCAAUGAGACAUCUGGGACCAAGUCCUCCUUCCCUGUUUCUUGCUCCCUGGAAAAGACAGCAUGGAGUUCCGCCGUGGAAAGCCAGGACAAAUCUUCCCUGACUGUGUUCGUCUUCCCUCCACCGGACGCCCGGAUCGGCCGCUACCGCCUGACCCUGGAUACCUCCACCAAGGGUCAAGGGUAUUGCUACUACAUUGGAGAAUUCAUCCUGCUCUUUAAUCCAUGGUGCAUAGGUGACACUGUCUACAUGGAAAGCGAAGAGGCCCGCAUUGAAUAUGUCCUGACCCAACAUGGACAGAUCUUUAUGGGAGAUGAGGACUACAUGUAUUCCAUCCCUUGGAUGUUCGGUCAGUUUGAAAAGGGGAUUGUGGCCAUCUGCCUGCAGAUGCUGGACACCAGCCUGAACUUCCUCCGCGACCAAGACAAGGACUGCUCCCUUCGCAACAGCCCCAUCUAUGUCAGCCGCGUGGUUUGUGCCAUGGUGAAUUGCAAUGAUGACCAAGGCAUCCUUUCUGGACGAUGGGAUAAUUGCUAUGUGGGCGGAGUGCAUCCCAACACCUGGAGCGGAAGCGUGAACAUCCUGCAGAGGUGGCAGAAAUCCGGUUGCCAACCCGUCCAUUAUGGGCAGUGCUGGGUCUUUGCAGCCGUGGCAUGCACAGUGCUCCGUUGCCUGGGCAUCCCCACCCGCGUGGUCACCAACUACAAGUCUGCCCAUGAUGCCAAUGGUAACCUGAUUGUAGAGCAUUUUCUGGAUGAGAAUGGUGAUCUGCUGCCAGGCCUCCAAGAAUCCUGCUGGAAUUUUCACUGCUGGGUUGAAUCUUGGAUGGGACGUCCAGAUCUUCCAGAGGGAUAUGAUGGGUGGCAGGUUUUGGAUCCAACACCACAAGAGCAAAGCGAAGGCAUUUUCUGCUGUGGCCCAGCUUCUGUCAAGGCCAUUAAGGAGGGAGACAUUCACCUCAAGUAUGACGUCCCUUUUGUUUUUGCUGAGGUGAAUGCUGACGAGGUGUGGUAUAUGCGUCAGCAUGGCAUGCCUUGGAAAGUGAUCAGCAUUGACACCAGUGCGAUAGGCGUGAACAUCAGCACCAAGAGUGUGGGCAGGGAGACCAGGGAGGACAUAACUCACUGCUACAAGUAUCCUGAAGGCUCAAUGGAAGAGCGGGCCACGUUUGCAAAGGCCAGGCAGAAGGUUCAGCACAAGGACCAGCUCAAAGACUCACUGCCAAUGAAGAACACUCUGAAGGUCAGGAUCAAAACUUCUGAGGGCAUCAACAAUGGCUGCGACUUCCAUGUCUUUGCUGUUAUCGAGAACACCACAGCGGAAAAGCAUCGGUGCAAACUGACAUUUGCUGCUCGUACCAAAAGCUACAAUGGGGUGCUGGGUCCCGAAUUCAGAUCCAAAGAUAUGCUCAACAUCACACUCGAGCCAUAUGAAGAGAAGACCAUUCCCUUUAACAUCCUCUACAAGAAUUACAGCCGGCGCUUGACUCAGGACAACAUGAUUCGGGUGUCAGCCUUCCUCGUAGACCAGGACACCCAGGAGUGUUGCGGGGGGACGAGGGACAUUUACAUCAAGAACCCAGAUAUCAAAAUCAGGAUCCUGGGGGAGCCGAUGCAGAAUCGGAGGUUGAUGGCUGAAGUGGCACUGACCAACCCACUCCCAGUCCCACUGACCGACUGUGUCUUCACUGUGCAAGGGGCCGGACUCACGGGUGGACAGAAGAUCCAGAAGAUUUAUUCCCCGGUCGGUCCAGGUGAAGAAGCCAAAGCCAAGGUGGACUUUGUUCCCUUCCUGUCCGGCCUCCGGAAGCUGGUGAUCAACUUUGAAAGCAACAAACUGAAAGGGGUGAAGGGCUACUACAACAUCAAUGUUGCUCCGAUACCAAUUUGAAGCUGUGAUGUCCAAAAUCUCAAGGCUCACUUUCCUGGUGAGCUGGUUUCAAUGAAUACAGGAAGGCUGAAGGCAGCAACAGAAGCCAGUUUGUUGCAUCAUUGCCCAA